UGACUUCAUGUAUGUCGACCAAAAAAAAUGAAUUUACUUAUAAAAUUCAACAAAAAAUUACUAUUUUAAAUGAUGAAACCGUAACUCCGUUCCGGCGUUGCUACCUGGUCAUUUCGCCGGGCUUUCGUGCCUCCGUCGUACCACCACCAACCACCUCUUCUGGAUUCUAAUCAACAAAUACUAUGUGUAUUUGUGUAUUUGUUUGUGCUUUUGUGCCAGUGUCAAUCGUGGUCGUUAUCUGACGUUUUCAACUUUAAUACUCUGUCGGAAGCAGCGAUCUUAGGUCCUCCGUCGUCAUCAGAUCUCUUUCCGGUGUACUCUCUGCAGUUGUCUAGUGUUACACCAACUUACUCCGAAGCUUGGUAUUUACUUGACGAAUUAGAAUCUCUGACUCUCUUCUUUUCUGUCCUUCGAAGUGUAUAGGAAUGAUGACGUCAGGGUAUAACAUCAGGGAUCUUGUUGGAGAAGCACAUAUCCGGUGGUUAAAGCCAGGGGAGGUGCUCUUCAUACUGCAGAAUUUUGAGGAAAAGCAGCUUACCCAUGCGCCCCCUGAAAAGCCACCCAGUGGCUCCUUGUUUCUCUUUAACAAGAGGGUGCUUAGGUUUUUCCGUAAAGAUGGUCAUAAUUGGAGGAGAAAAAAGGAUGGAAGAACUGUUGGGGAAGCCCAUGAACGUCUAAAGGUUGGAAAUGUUGAAGCUCUAAAUUGCUAUUAUGCACAUGGUGAGCAUAAUCCAAGCUUCCAAAGGCGUAGUUAUUGGAUGUUGGAUCCGUUAAUGGACCACAUUGUACUUGUUCAUUACAGAGAUAUAACCAUGACUGGGAAUAGUGGUGGAUCAAUUUCAACAUUGUCUACAGGAUCUUCUUCACUUAUUCAGAGUCCUGAUUCAUAUGCAACUCCAUUAAGUCGAUCUGGUGGUGGUUUUAGUCAAAGCACCUCUAGUCCAAGUUCUGUAGAAGUCAGUUCAGAUGUGGUUACCAUGUCAAAUGGGACAAGUCCCUUGAGUCUGAUAGAAGGAACUGACAACUUUGAAAUUGAUGUGGCGUUGAGAAGAAUAGAAGAACAGUUGAGUUUGGGUGAAGAGAAUUUGAAAGAUCUGAGUUUAUAUUACAGCGAGAAUGAGAUUUCAAAUGAUUCAGGAUUUUCAAUUGACGACCAGGAUUAUGGUGAUGUUUCUAUUACAAAUAAUCAACAAACUUUAAUUUGGGAUGAUGUCAUAGAAUAUGGUGGGAAUCCAGUUGAAGAGAAAGGUGCAAAUAAUAACCCAUCUCUACCACAAGAAAUUGAAGAUUUCAAAUUUCCUGCAUAUACCCCUGAUAGAAAUUUAUCCGACAGAUACCCAGAUUUUUACUCAACAUUUUUUGACCAAGGACAGACGGAAAUGCCCCUGGAAUCAAAUUUAGGCUUAAGCAUUUCACAAGAGCAGAAAUUUAAUAUUCGUGAUAUAGCACCUGAAUCGGGAUCUGCCUCUGAGUCAACAAAGGUGCUCAUCAUUGGGAAAUUCACAUGUGAUAGUGAUACAUACAAAAACAAAUGGUACUGUAUGUUUGGUGAGACUGAAGUCCCAAUUGAGAUUAUGCAAGAGGGAGUCCUUUGUUGCUAUGCUCCUCCUUUGCCACCUGGAAAAGUUACUGUUUGUAUUACAUCUGGCAAUCGAGAAUCAAUCAGUGAAACCCGUGAAUUCGAAUACCUUGAAAAACAUAGAGGAGGCAAAAAAUGUUGGAGAAGUUCAGAAGAAUUAUUAUUACUUGUGAGAUUUGUUCAAAUGUUAUUAUCUGAGAAAGAAGGUGGUGAAGAAGUAGAAGAGUCGUGGUCUCAACUGAUAGAGGGUGUUUUAGAUGGAAGUUUGGCGUCAUAUGAUGCAAUUGAUUGUCUUCUUGAAGAACUUCUAAAAGAGAAGUUAAAACAAUGGCUUUCUUCUUCUUCUUCUUCUUGUGGAUUGUUGUCUAAAAGAGAACAAGGGAUUAUACAUAUGGUUUCUGGAUUGGGCUUUGGAUGGGCCUUGACCCCGAUUCUUAACUCUGGAGUUGGUGUCAACUUUCGUGAUAUUAAUGGCUGGACAGCGCUUCACUGGGCUGCUCGAUUUGGAAGGGAAAAAAUGGUGGCUGAACUGGUAGCUUCGGGUGCUUUUACCGGAGCAGUAACGGAUCCCAGUCAUGAAGACCCAAAGGGUAAAACCCCGGCUUCAAUAGCCGCAACAUCUGGACACAAAGGACUUGCGGGUUACCUCUCAGAGGUCUCACUAACCACCCACCCAUCCCUACAAACUCAAAUAUCUCAUAAUAUCCAACCACAAACAACAUCACUAAAUCCAAAUAAUAUCUCAAACGAAGAUCUUUCACUUACCGACACAUUAGCUGCUGUUAGAAAUGCAACACAAGCUGCUGCAUGUAUACAGUCCGCUUUCAGGGCACAUUCCUUCAGAAAAAGACAGCAAAAGGAAUCAUUCCAACUCGAAGAAGAAGAUGAGUAUGGAAUACUUCCAAGUCACAUUGAAACCCUUUCGACUUUUCUCAAAAAUGGAAAUGACUAUAACGCCGCGUUAUCCAUUCAGAAGAAAUACCGUGGCUGGAAAGGGCGUAAGGAUUUCCUUGCACUUCGCCAAAAAGUUGUCAAAAUACAGGCUCAUGUGCGGGGUCAUCAGGUGAGGAAAAACUAUAUGGUUUUCUGUUGGGCGGUUGGGGUUGUUGAGAAAGUUGUGCUGAGGUGGCGCCGCAAAGGAGUGGGGUUACGUGGAUUUAAACAAGGGGGCGAUGAAACUGAAGACGAAGAUAUUGUGAAGGCGUUUAGGAAAGAGAAAGUGGAUGUUUCUAUCGAUGAAGCGGUUUCUAGGGUGCUUUCCAUGGUGGACUCUCAACAGGCCCGUCAGCAAUAUCGCCGCAUGCUUCUUAAAUACCGCCAAGCAAAGGCUGAACGCGAAGGUUUAGAGAGCCAAGGAGGGUCGACUUCUCAAAAUGAUGUAAUGAAUACGUGAUCCGAGGAGUUGAAUCAGUAUAUGUAUAAUCGAUGGUGAAUUGGUCUAACUAAUUUCUAGUGUUACGAUUGAGGUUGUGUAUAUAAACAUGUGGUUUAAUUUGCUUUUGGUUUUGGUGUGGGGUUGUGUAACUAAUGGCAACAUAAAUAGUUUUCUCUAAAUCAAUUAUAUGCGAGUCGUUAUUCA